UGCACAACGCCGACAACGCGUUGUCGGCAAACAUUUGUUGUGAAAUUUUCAAAGUUUUUAGAAGUUAUAUUAUCAUAAAACCAAAUAACAAUUAUUUAUUUGGACUCAUAAAGUGCUUCUGCACUUUGAGAAACUGAAAUCAUGAUGUACGACAACGAGGAAGAGCUCUACGAGGAGGAGAACGCCGAGGAGAUUUCCCACGAGCUGUGGCAGGAAGCUUGUUGGAUUGUCAUUAACGCUUAUUUUGACGAGAAGGGUUUGGUGCGACAGCAACUGGACAGUUUCGAUGAGUUCAUCCAGAUGUCAGUGCAGCGCAUUGUGGAGGAUUCCCCAGCCAUCGAACUACAGGCGGAGGCACAGCACACAUCGGGAGAGGUGGAGACCCCACCAAGAUUUUCCCUGAAAUUCGAGCAAAUCUACCUUUCAAAACCAACUCAUUGGGAAAAGGAUGGUUCACCAAGUCCCAUGAUGCCAAACGAAGCCCGUCUGCGAAAUCUUACGUACUCAGCUCCCCUUUAUGUGGACAUUACGAAAACCAAGAAUGUCGAAGGCCUAGACCCUGUGGAAACGCAGCAUCAGAAAACCUUCAUCGGGAAAAUUCCCAUUAUGUUGAGAUCCACAUAUUGCCUGCUUUCCCAGCUCACAGAUCGUGAUCUUACAGAGCUUAACGAGUGCCCGCUGGAUCCUGGCGGCUACUUUAUUAUCAACGGAUCGGAAAAAGUACUAAUUGCCCAGGAGAAGAUGGCCACAAACACAGUGUACGUUUUCAGUAUGAAGGACGGCAAAUAUGCGUUCAAGACUGAGAUUCGAUCGUGCUUAGAGCACAGUUCCCGACCAACGUCUACUCUGUGGGUGAACAUGAUGGCCAGGGGAUCACAGAAUAUUAAAAAGUCCGCAAUUGGACAGAGGAUCAUAGCUAUCUUACCGUAUAUCAAACAGGAAAUACCCAUCAUGAUUGUAUUCCGAGCAUUGGGUUUCGUGGCCGAUCGCGAUAUCCUAGAGCACAUCAUUUACGAUUUUGACGAUCCAGAGAUGAUGGAAAUGGUGAAGCCAUCUCUGGAUGAGGCCUUCGUAGUUCAGGAACAGAAUGUUGCCUUAAACUUCAUUGGAGCCAGAGGCGCCCGACCUGGAGUCACAAAAGACAAGCGUAUCAAGUACGCCAAGGAAAUUCUGCAAAAGGAAAUGUUGCCGCAUGUAGGAGUCUCCGAUUUCUGCGAGACCAAGAAGGCAUAUUUCCUGGGCUAUAUGGUGCACCGCCUGCUGCUUGCCUCAUUGGGUAGAAGAGAACUCGAUGACCGAGAUCACUACGGAAACAAGCGACUUGACCUCGCUGGACCUCUGCUGGCCUUCCUUUUCCGUGGAUUGUUUAAAAAUCUGAUGAAAGAGGUGCGCAUGUACACACAGAAGUUCAUCGAUCGUGGAAAGGACUUCAACCUGGAGCUGGCCAUCAAGACGAACAUUAUUACGGAUGGUCUAAGAUACUCCCUGGCCACUGGCAACUGGGGCGACCAAAAGAAGGCCCAUCAAGCUAGAGCCGGUGUCUCUCAGGUGUUGAAUCGACUGACCUUUGCCUCUACUUUGUCCCAUUUGCGACGUGUCAAUUCGCCCAUUGGUAGGGAUGGUAAGCUGGCCAAGCCACGUCAGCUGCACAACACCCUCUGGGGCAUGUUGUGUCCCGCAGAAACUCCUGAGGGAGCUGCUGUCGGUCUGGUCAAGAACCUCGCCCUCAUGGCCUACAUAUCUGUCGGAUCACAACCUUCUCCCAUUUUGGAGUUCUUGGAGGAAUGGUCUAUGGAGAAUCUGGAGGAGAUUGCACCUUCUGCCAUUGCUGAUGCUACAAAGAUCUUCGUGAAUGGCUGCUGGGUGGGCAUCCAUCGUGAUCCCGAGCAGCUGAUGGCCACACUUCGAAAAUUGCGUCGUCAGAUGGAUAUCAUUGUGUCAGAAGUGUCCAUGAUUCGAGAUAUUCGAGAUCGUGAGAUCCGAAUUUAUACAGAUGCUGGCCGUAUUUGUCGGCCAUUGCUCAUCGUGGAGAACGGAUCCCUGUUGCUGAAGAAGACUCAUGUUGAGAUGUUGAAGGAGCGGGACUAUAACAAUUACAGUUGGCAGGUUCUGGUAGCUUCCGGUGUGGUGGAGUAUAUAGAUACGCUCGAGGAAGAAACUGUCAUGAUCGCUAUGUCCCCGUAUGAUCUGAAACAGGACAAGGAUUAUGCUUAUUGUACAACUUACACACAUUGCGAAAUUCAUCCAGCUAUGAUCCUUGGCGUGUGUGCGUCUAUUAUUCCCUUCCCCGAUCACAACCAGAGUCCACGUAACACCUAUCAAAGUGCUAUGGGUAAACAAGCUAUGGGUGUGUACAUCACUAACUUCCACGUACGUAUGGACACGCUGGCCCACGUUUUAUAUUAUCCAAUGAAGCCUCUUGUGACCACACGCUCCAUGGAGUACCUGCGUUUCCGAGAACUACCAGCCGGCAUCAACUCAAUUGUGGCCAUUCUUUGCUACACUGGUUACAACCAGGAGGAUUCUGUCAUUCUGAAUGCUUCUGCUGUAGAACGUGGAUUCUUCCGGUCUGUGUUCUAUCGGUCGUACAAGGACUCGGAGAACAAGCGUGUGGGCGAUCAGGAGGAGAAUUUCGAGAAGCCACAUCGCGGCACCUGCCAGGGAAUGAGAAAUGCUCACUACGACAAGUUGGACGAUGAUGGUAUAAUAGCCCCGGGAAUUCGUGUAUCUGGUGAUGAUGUGGUUAUUGGCAAGACUAUAACGCUCCCUGAAAAUGACGAUGAACUAGAUAGUAAUACAAAGCGCUUCUCCAAACGAGACGCCUCCACUUUCCUUCGAAACUCUGAGACCGGUAUUGUGGAUCAGGUUAUGCUUACGCUCAACAGCGAGGGCUACAAGUUCUGCAAGAUUCGAGUGCGCUCCGUGCGUAUCCCACAGAUUGGUGAUAAGUUUGCUUCCCGUCACGGUCAAAAGGGAACCUGCGGUAUCCAGUAUCGUCAAGAAGAUAUGGCUUUCACCUGCGAGGGCUUGGCACCGGACAUCAUCAUUAACCCCCACGCUAUCCCUUCUCGUAUGACAAUUGGUCACUUGAUCGAGUGCCUGCAGGGCAAAUUGGGAUCCAACAAGGGCGAGAUCGGUGAUGCCACCCCUUUCAACGAUGCCGUCAACGUACAAAAGAUUUCCACUUUCCUGCAGGAGUACGGUUAUCACUUGCGAGGCAAUGAGGUCAUGUACAACGGACACACCGGACGCAAGAUUAAUGCUCAGGUUUUCUUGGGUCCCACUUAUUAUCAGCGUCUUAAGCACAUGGUGGACGACAAGAUCCAUUCACGUGCUCGUGGUCCUGUCCAGAUUCUAGUGCGCCAACCUAUGGAGGGUCGUGCCCGUGAUGGUGGCUUGCGUUUUGGUGAGAUGGAGCGUGAUUGUCAAAUCUCCCACGGUGCCGCUCAGUUCCUGCGAGAACGUUUAUUCGAGGUCUCUGAUCCUUAUCGCGUGCACAUAUGUAACUUCUGUGGCCUAAUCGCCAUCGCCAAUCUGCGCAAUAAUACAUUCGAGUGCAAGGGCUGCAAGAACAAGACGCAGAUAUCCCAGGUUCGACUACCAUAUGCGGCCAAACUUCUCUUCCAGGAACUGAUGUCAAUGAAUAUAGCGCCGCGCCUAAUGGUUAACUAAUGUAUGGAAUUUUUUGUCAAGACCUCUUAAUCGCCGUAAGCUAAUAGUUAGCAGUUAAUUAUUAAAUUACCAUAAUUGUGACAACUCAA